AUGCCUACGAUGCCCGCUGCGGCACAGCUGACCCAGCCACCUCAAGGCCCCCAUCCCCUGCUAGAGCAGGUCCCCCUCACCGUCUCGCCCUUUGUCUCUCUCCCCACCGCCACCACGCUCUCCUACAACUACAAGACGAUGCCGUCCAAUAUCCCGCCGUCCUCGCUCGGCAUCCCGACGGCGGCCGACAACGGCUCCUCGGAGCAGCCCAAGCCCCGGUUUGUCGUCUCCGGCUCCGGGCACGCGGCCUCGCCAGACGAGAUCCUCGAGUCGUGCCACGCGCUGCUCAAUCACGUGACGGACCUGCAAAAGGACGCCGAGCGGGAACUACGCGAGUUCGAGGACCGCAUCAAGGAGCGGGAGCUGGCCGAGAAGCGGAGAGUGGCGCCUGGAUGGCUUGACAGCGAUGCGCGGCUGCUGGAGCCUGAACGUGCUCCGUCGGCACAACAGCCUGGCCCGAGCUCGGUGCCGCAAGGGCGGGGGGAAGCCAGGGCGGAGACGCAAGCGGAUCAUGAUCAGGGUGCCGAGUUGGAUCGAGCAUUCGGGGGCAUGGCGCUCAAGUAG